AGCGCGCCAAAAUGGAGCGUGCGGAUUGACUGAGGAGUGACCCGUGAGGAGUGAGCGGGCCACGAGCUCGAUGCCACAAGCGCAGCUUUGUUGCAUUUCCAAGGACAGCCCGUUUUUCCAUCUUUUAUAAUAAAAAGACAAAAAAAAAAAAAAAAAAAAGAGAGAGAGAUCAUUCGACGACGCCGAGCGAUAGCGAGCCAGUAGCCGCUGCUCGCUUAAAUCGCCGGGUUCGUGAUUUUUGCCCGUCAUUUCUGGGCCGCCGCGUGCCGUCCCACGAGGUGCCUCGUUCUCGUUCUUUCUUUCCCCCGCGCUCGAGAUGAGUGACGACGAACAAAGCAAGCAGCCGUUGGGCUGCGGUCGCCUCAGCCCGCCAUGGCCGCCCGGGAGGAAGGCGCACCGCACGCCCAGGUGUUCGCGCUGUCGCAACCACGGCUUCGUGUCGCCGCUCAAGGGCCACAAGCGCUUCUGUAACUGGAGGGACUGUCAGUGCGCCAAGUGCCGCCUCAUCUCCGAGCGCCAGCGCGUCAUGGCGGCCCAGGUGGCGCUCCGCAGGCAGCAGGCGCAGGAGGAGGAGUUGGGCAUCUGCAGUCCAGUGGCGCUGCCUGACCCUGAGGCUGUGGUGAAGAACGAAGUGAUGGUGCAGGACAGGACCCCAACCAUGUCCACAUCCAGCAUGGGUGUGUCCUCCUCUGCCUCAGGAAGUCAGUCUGCUCUGCCGCCCAGCCCCAGCAGGGGGUGCUUUGAGGGAUCCUCUGACCUUGUGAUGGAUGCAUCCUACUACAACUUCUACCAGUCCUCCUGCUACCCAGCAUACUACAGCAACAUCUACAACUACCAGCAGUACCAGGUGCCAAGGACCGAGGGCCUCUUGUCUGGUCACAGCAUGCCUCCACCGUACAGCAUGCGUUCUUACUACUCAGCAGCUUCGUACCUGAGCCAGGGCCUUGGCGCAGCAUCACGUGUGUCCCCCAUCUUUACCCUGGAUGAUAAUGCUGGCUUCCCAGAGCCCAAGGCAGCCAUGUUCCCCAGUGGCACAGGGCACGACGCAAACCUGGCCAGCAUGUCCAUGAACUCCCUGGUGACCCACGGGAUCAAACAGGAGCACAGCACCACUGCCGAGACAGCAGCCUUUCCUUUGGACCUCGUGAUCGAGAGGGCAAGUGACUGAGUGUCCUCAAGGGCCGCUUCCCGGCUGCUCCCCAACCAUUUCCGUUCAAUGUGCUGCUUGAGCUCAGGCAUCAAAUCAGUUCAGUGUCCUAGACUGGAAGUGGUUUUUCUGUUAUGUUCCUGCCGUUUUGUCAGGUAUCAGUGCCAGUUUGAACUGCAACGCGACCUUUUAAAUUAGUGUCCUUCACUAAGCCGCAGAUGCUCAUUGUUGCAUUUUCCAGAAUUGUUUGAGUUUUUCAGCGAAGGUUUAAAAAGCUUUACACUUCACUGUAAUUUGUAGUUCUAAAGCACCGUUAACAAAUUUUUGUGACAAAGUCGGAUGCUUUGUACUUGUUCAUGCAUUUCUUACUGUCUUAUACGUCUUACUGCUCGAACAACUGAAAUGUUUUUAGUAUUUUGGAAAAGAUUUUCACUGUUUGCUGAGUUGUUAAUAGUUGACAACUGUUUUAUGCUUGUUAAUUCUCGUAAUUUACAUGUUUUUUUUUUUUCUUUGCUAUUAACAUUUUGUUAAUGUGUGUGCAGUUUCUUCUUUCAUUUAUUAGAAAUAUUACGAAAUAAACACCACUAAAUAUUGGUUAUGGUAUGUUAAUACUAGUAUGUUUUGCUUAACAUUUUAAACUAAGAUUUCUUGCAUUAUUUCUAUAACACACCUGUAAAAUAUCAUAUUCCCAAAAGAGGCCAUGCUUUCUUGUCUAUUAAAGGGCUUUUAAGAUCAUUGUGGUCUUUUUAGACUUCUUAAAGCGGACUUUUGCAGUAGAACCCCUGACAAGUUUGUGGUAUUCCGCAGUUCAGUGGAAAUAUGUUCAGCAAAUAUUCUUAGCAUGUAAAUGCAUGAAAUUUAACCAUCAGCUGUUUUCUAUGUUUGUUACUAUUAGGCUUGCUUUGUAAACUGCAGUGAUUCAACUGAAUUAUCACUUAUUUUUUGGUUGGGACAGAUUUUUUUUUUUUUUAAACUUUUUGAUAAUAGAAAGGC